GAGGGGCGUGCAGCAGCCCCCCCCCGGGUGACCGAGAGGGAGGGGAGCGGCUGCGGGGAAUUUCCUUGUGCGGACGCAGGAGAGAACAACACACGCCAGACGGCGGUGGGGUGUGAGCAGGGCGCUGUCGCCGCCGCCGGUUGCCGAGCGAUGUAAGCGGGGUGCCCCCCCCCUUUCCUCCCUCGGAGCCGCCCGCCCCCGUCCCCGCCCCGCCAUGCCGGACCAGAUCUCCGUGUCGGAAUUCGUGUCCGAGACCAAUGAGGAUUACAAGUCGCCCACCGCCUCCAACUUCACCACGCGGAUGGCUCAGUGCAGGAACACGGUGGCGGCCAUCGAGGAGGCUCUCGAUGUUGACCGAACAGUUCUUUAUAAAAUGAAGAAAUCAGUGAAAGCUAUAAAUGUAUCUGGGCUGGCUCAUGUGGAAAAUGAAGAACAGUACACUCAAGCAUUGGAGAAAUUUGGAGGCAACUGUGUCUGUAGGGAUGAUCCAGAUUUGGGAACAGCGUUUUUAAAAUUUUCUGUGUUUACAAAGGAGUUGACUGCUCUCUUCAAAAAUUUGAUUCAGAAUAUGAACAACAUAAUCACUUUCCCAUUGGACAGUUUACUUAAGGGAGACCUAAAAGGAGUAAAAGGGGAUCUGAAAAAGCCUUUUGAUAAGGCUUGGAAGGACUACGAAACAAAGGUUACGAAAAUAGAGAAAGAGAAAAAGGAGCAUGCUAAGCUACAUGGAAUGAUCCGUACAGAAAUAAGUGGAGCUGAAAUUGCGGAAGAGAUGGAGAAAGAAAGACGAUUCUUCCAGCUUCAGAUGUGUGAGUACCUUCUGAAAGUCAAUGAAAUCAAGAUUAAAAAAGGAGUUGACUUGCUUCAGAAUCUGAUCAAGUAUUUUCAUGCACAGUGCAAUUUCUUCCAAGAUGGUCUGAAAGCAGUUGAAAGUCUCAAGCCUUCAAUUGAAACACUCUCAACUGAUCUUCACACAAUUAAACAAGCACAGGAUGAGGAAAGGAAACAACUAAUACAGCUUAGAGAUAUUUUAAAAUCAGCACUCCAGGUUGAGCAGAAAGAGGAUUCUCAAAUCCGUCAGAGUACAGCUUACAGUUUACAUCAGCCUCAGGGAAACAAAGAGCAUGGCACUGAAAGAAAUGGUAGUCUAUAUAAGAAAAGUGAUGGAAUCAGAAAAGUAUGGCAGAAAAGGAAAUGCUCAGUUAAAAAUGGUUUCCUUACAAUUUCCCAUGGUACAGCUAACCGACCUCCUGCAAAACUCAAUCUGUUAACUUGCCAAGUGAAAACAAACCCAGAGGAGAAAAAAUGUUUUGACCUCAUAUCACAUGACAGAACCUAUCACUUUCAAGCAGAAGAUGAACAAGAGUGUCAAAUAUGGACAUCUGUGCUACAGAACAGCAAAGAAGAAGCUUUAAAUAAUGCAUUCAAAGGUGAUGAUAACACAGGAGAAAAUAAUAUUGUCCAAGAGCUGACAAAAGAAAUUAUAUCGGAGGUUCAGAGGAUGACAGGAAAUGAUGUGUGUUGUGACUGUGGAGCUCAAGAUCCUACCUGGCUUUCAACAAAUCUGGGAAUUCUGACUUGUAUUGAAUGUUCAGGAAUCCAUAGAGAACUUGGUGUUCACUACUCCAGAAUGCAGUCACUCACGUUAGAUGUGCUGGGAACAUCUGAACUUUUGCUUGCCAAGAAUAUUGGGAAUGCUGGUUUCAAUGAAAUUAUGGAAUUUUGUCUGCCAGCCGAUGAGACAGUCAAACCUAAUCCAAGCAGCGAUAUGAAUGCAAGAAAAGAUUAUAUUACUGCCAAGUAUAUUGAGAGAAAAUAUUCAAGGAAGAAACAUGUUGACAAUGCAGCUAAACUGCAUAGUCUCUGCGAAGCAGUCAAAGCAAGAGACAUUUUUGGAUUGGUUCAAGUAUAUGCUGAUGGUGUGGAUCUGACUGAAAAAAUUCCACUUGCCAACGGACAUGAGCAAGACGAAACAGCACUUCACCUUGCAGUUAGAUCAGUUGAUCGAACUUCCCUUCACAUAGUUGACUUUUUAGUGCAGAAUAGUGGCAACCUUGACAAGCAAACGUAUAAGGGUAGCACAGCUUUGCAUUACUGCUGUUGGACUGACAAUGUUGAGUGCCUCAAACUGCUGCUGAGAGGGAAAGCUUCUAUUGAAAUAGCCAAUGAAGCUGGAGAGACGCCGCUUGAUAUAGCUAAACGUUUAAAACAUACACACUGUGAAGAAUUGCUUACUCAAGCAUUAUCUGGAAGAUUUAAUUCUCAUGUUCAUGUAGAAUAUGAAUGGCGGUUACUCCAUGAAGAUCUGGAUGAAAGUGAUGAUGAUGUGGAUGAAAAGCUGCAGCAACCCAGUCCGAAUCGGAGAGAGGACAGGCCUGUCAGUUUCUAUCAGCUGGGAUCAAACCAACUUCAGCCUAAUGUAGCAUCUUUGGCAAGAGAUGCAGCAAAUAUUGCUAAGGAUAAACAAAGAAGUUUUAUGCCUAGUAUAUUACAGAAUGAAACCUAUGGAGCAAUACUUAGUGGCAGUCCACCUCCCAUUCAACCUGCAGUACCUGUUACUACAAGCGCACCUCCCCUACCUCCAAGGAAUAUUGGCAAAGUUCAGCCUUCAGUUCUUGGGAGUGGUGUUCAGACAACUUCUUCAUUUAAUACAAUGUGGAAGACAAAUUCAUUAGGAGUGGAAAAUAUAAGCAGACAGAGAUCUUCAUCAGAUCCACCAGCUAUUCAUCCCCCUGUGCCGCCAUUGCGUGUAACAUCUACAAAUAUCCUCUUUCCAGCACCACCACCUCCAGUUGCAAAGACAGCCAGUAUUAUAGAAGCUUUAAACCAGCAGUCAAAACAACCACCAGCUGUUCCGCAAUCUAAACCUAUACCACCUCCUCUGCCUCCACAACCUCCUAGUAGAAUCUCUCAAAAGAAGCCUGCUACUGGGAUUGAUAAAUCUUCUGGUAUAACUAACAAAGGGCAGCCUAGAGGACCAGGAUCUCUGCAACAGUCUGGAGAAUCCUCCUCUGUAUCUGAGGCUUCUGUAACACAAACUGGUCCUACAGCAAGCACAUCAGCACAGAUCCAACCACCAGCACCAAUGCCAAGGAAGUCACAAAUGUCAAAAACUAAACCCAAGAGAGUAAAAGCCAUUUACAACUGUGUAGCAGAUAAUCCAGAUGAACUAACCUUUUCAGAGGGAGAUAUCAUUGUGGUAGAUGGGGAGGAAGAUCAGGAGUGGUGGAUUGGCCACAUUGAUGGGGAACCUAAUCGUAAAGGAGCUUUCCCAGUAUCAUUUGUGCACUUUAUUGUUGACUAAAUUGCUACUGACCAAUGGAGAAAUUUCUAAUUUCCAGCUGUUGUAGAAAUCUGUUUUGCUUUGUUCCAGCCAGAACAUUUCCUGAGUCCUAUGUACUUUAGCUGACCUAUCAUUUGCCACAGUUCUCACUUUGGAAUUUAAACAGAUUUUUUUUCUGUGUAACACUUCAUCAAUAAUUAGUUUAAAAAUAUCAUUCCAAUUAUAUUAUCUUUUUCAAGGUGAAGUGAAAAGCAUUAAAAAAUCCAGGAGUCAAACUAUGUGAAUGUGCCCAUUAAAAUAUUACAAAUAACUUACAAUAAAUGAGUUGAAAAUUCAGGUCUCUUCUUUCAACCUGGCAUAGUUAAGGAUUCUAUGUCCCCAGAGUCAAGGAAAUCCCGAACAUUUAGAAAAAGGCAGCAAAUUCUGCUAGCUCCCUCUGUUGUUUUAAGUUUUAGAGCCCAAUCCUACAAGCAGAGUACUUCUGAAUUGCAAGUAUUCAGCACUUUGCAAUAUCAGGUUCUAACCAAGGACAUCAACACUUGCAGCAGAAGAAAUCUUGACCUCUGAACUUGGGUGCCUUGACAGGUAAAGCUAAAAAGCUUUUCAGUUCACCACUGAAGGAGACUUCUUUCUUUCAAAUUUAACUUAGAUAUUUGCUUAAAGCUGUCUGAAAUUGGUUAGCUAAUCUUCUGUGUUUGAGACUUUCUUUUAUGCUACAUGUAUAUGUCACUUGUUUUGAAAUGUCAUUCUGUAUGUUACAUCCAUUUUCAGUCAUAUUUAAUGUGACUACUGCUAGUUAAUUAAACCUCCUAGCAAUAUUACCGAGUUACUAAAUUAACUCAAGGAUAUGAAAACUGCACUUCCUGAAGUUUACUUAAAACUCUGUAAAGAUGAUGGAUUGCAGAGCAUUUCUUAAAACUGUUUCCUUAUGGUGUUCAGACUUUUUGUAUUCUUGAAUUUUCUUGAUCACAGUGACAUGUUCAUACACAAAGAAUAUCUGUAGUGGAACAUUUAAAUUACUGGAUAAGGAUAAAUAUCUGAAAACUCACAAGUAUGCAUCAGUUAUGUCCUAUUUCAUACAAAUUUUUUUAAAAGUGUGCCACUACCUUGCAAAUAAUUAAAUAUUAGUUUGCUAACUCACUCUGUAUUUAUAUAAUAUACCCACACCUAUGGUAGCUACACUGUUAAACUUGUUUACUAUUUUGUGAACAAAAGACUAGACCAUUCAUAAUUCCCAGUUGAUUGAUGGAAUACUACAAAACAUCAAUAGAGAUAUAACGCCAUUUUGAUGUUUGUAUAUUGUGAUAUCGUACUGGUUCUUUUGUUUAUGCUACAGAAAAAAACUGAUAGCAUAGGAUUAGAAAUCAAUGUCUAGGUCACAUUGGCUUUGAUCACAUGUUUUGUGACGAUUGUAUCUCUAGAUUUAUCAAGAGAACUUUGAAUUUCUCACAAAUGGUGUCUGUUGGCCUCAGUGUUGUAACAGGAAUGAAAAAGGCCGAUGCAAUGUUUAUAUUGAGAAAAAUUAUGUGGCAUUAAUUCUGGAACAGUAAAGCUGUUGAUCUCACCUUUCUUAGAAUGGUACAAUUGAUAGACAACCUGUCAUUUCUUCAAGAAGCUGUUGCUGCAUUAUAAAUGGAACAAACUGGAAUGUUUCAGGAUACUUUGUUGUAAGUUUUGAAGCUAAUUAGUCUGCAUUUUCAAAGUUCCCAGUAAAAUAUAUGUGAUAUUAGUAAUAGUUUAGCACUACAGUUUUAUUCACUUACUGAUCUGUUCAGUUUGUUUUUUGAGACACUAUUUUGUAUGUUUCUAUUCCUGGUAGAGUUUAGACAGUAAAUGGGCAUAUUAUUUUGCACAGUUCACUUCUAUGUACAGUAUUUUUAAACACAGAAUCUUGUAGCAUCUAUAACAGCCUGCAAUCAGUCUUGAUUAUCUGGCAUCAAUUACAUCAUAUAUAAACACUGAUGCAAAUUUAACUUCAGCUACACUAGAAAGUGUGCAAACUUUCAAAACUUAAUCAUGUUAAUGGGUACAUUUGAUGGGAAACAAGUAAUUUUUCAGAAUACAAAUUAAUGGCACUGUGGUGCUGGUAACUAAGAUCUUACUGUCCGAUGAAGAAAUUUGCCCCAGGUUUUAACAGUAUGCUCUCUCAAUAUUUGCUCCUCUGGGAGAAGAAAAUUGCAGAAGAGAUUCUGAACAGACUGUAGAUAUAUAUUUAUAAUUAAAAAGUUACUUACUUUUAGCUCCAAGAUUUUGGCAUGUUUCAUGCCAUUUUUCAUCAAAGCUGACUUCAAGAGAUCAUGAUUCAAAAAUCUUACUAGGCAGAUUAGUAGGUUGCUGUUAAUUGUUUUUAAAAGGAGCAGUUGACAUUUAAAAUGCAGCUUAGAAUGGCAUUUGAGAUGUAUAAUAUUCAAUUCAGUUGUUUGAUUUUGUUUGGUUGCAGAGCAACUGUAUAUAUUGUAUAACCUAAAUCAACUCUUAUUUUCGAUGUCCUGGAUGCAGUGAUUUAUAAUUAGAGCAUGAUUAAUAAAUUUACUCUCGUUAACCAGUCAAAUGACUGGAAAAAUAAAACUACUUUUAAAAUCA